AUGAAUCCACCUGAUCAGCCUGGAAGCAACAAUGCCCCACCAACGCGACCUGCGACUUGGGCCGAGCGGGCUGGAGGGAUACUAGGUCCAGUUGCAGUCACAAACCCACCACCGCCGGCAGGCCAAACGCCACCGCCAGCGGGCCAAGCAGGAGCCGAUGGAGCUCUUGUUAACCCACCCCGAGGUCCACUGGCAACUCCCACAGGUGGAGAUCCUCGGCCAAAUGCACCAUUCCAAGUUUAUGGUGCUCCAUUAGGUUUUAAUCAUCUUACACCGGGAGUAAUCAUUAGUUUUCCUCAACACGCACCGCAUUGGCAAAACCCUCCCCGUGGGCCAUUGACUAAUUAUGACUCAAUAUCACACCAAGGACAUUGGGUGGAAAGCAAAAUACGGAAAUUCAUUGUUAUUGAAAGAAGGACACAUCAUUGCAUAGUCCUUCCCAUGUUUACACAUGGUGGCCGAGGCCUCUCAGGAAAACAGGACAGACAUAGAAUGGAAUAUAUUGGUGUACUUGAUGCAGCUGAUUGGGACCGUCCGGACUUGGCCUCAGAAAAUGCAUAUCACACACCAAAUGGAUCGAUUUGGGCAACCAGGGCCCCUGCAUUCGCCCGCGCAGCAAGGGGAUCAUUUCAUUGGAUAUCACCCGCGGCGUAUGUGCAACAUACAGCUCCUCAACGUUUCGAUUAUAGUUGGCCGUGCUUACUGGAAGGUGGGAUUUUUACCCCGGCUGACCUGGCACUCCUACUUGCUAAAUACUACGAGAACUGUCCACGCCCACACUACGAGCUGCCUCAACUAAUACCUAUAUUACCGCUACCUCUCUACUAUGGCCAACCCCAACAAACACCUUAGUCAGGAUCAAAUGGCAUACAGGGCCCCCGUCCAAUUGCCUCUAAUCUGGAACCCUGAGAUUUGAUAGUUGAAGAUGGGACAGUCCUUUCCUUCUAGCCACAGAUGCAUGGUUGUGGCCCUGAAAGAAUGCCUCGAUAUUUGGCUAGUUAUUGCGCGUGCUUUCCUAUUAUUCUAGC